AUGCCAACGGGUUCCCAUGGCUUGGCUCACCUGGAAGACAAUGCAAUAUUUGCUGAGUACUCUUUUAGCCUGAUGGGUGUCUCUGUAGCUGACUGUUCAUCCAUCAGGAUAAAAAACCCACCCCAUUCAGCUUAUACUUUAGCUACAGUCUUUGACUUUAUCUUCAUGGUAUACAAUGGCUUCAAUUCAACUUUCUUUGAAUCGGAGGGCACAAUGCCAACGGGUUCCCAUGGCUUGGCUCACCUGGAAGACAAUGCAAUAUUUGCUGAGUCACCCACUGGGAUAGAAUUUGCAGAUUUCAGGCAUUUGUUCAGUAUUUCUCAACGGCAAUACGAAACUCCCCGUGGAGGGGAAGAACAACGUUUAAGGGGAGAAGGUGAAGCCUUUAGUUUGCACCACGGCCGUGAGGGAGCUGAGGGAGAGGCGAGGCCUAGCCAGGCCCUCCCUCACACAUUCAGUCCCCGGCGCACCGUUACCAGCAGCACCGACGAGAAAGGGGGGAAAACAGGCACUAACCCGGCCUGGGCAAACGCCCGCAGGGCCACCAUGAGCCCUGAAGCGGCCUCCCUGAGGGAACCACCACCUCUCACGGCCGGGCCCAGGGCGCUGGCCUCCGGGCCGACAGCGCUUCGCCGCCCCGGCGGGGGGUGUUUUUGGAGCCACCUGCCCUCCGCCUCCCCACUCCCGGCAGCGCCGCGCCGGUCCGCGGCCCACUUCGCUUUCCAACCGGACCCGGCGCCCAGCUCCUACGGGCAAACUCAGAAGAUGAAUCUCUUCCAAUCCAUAACAAGUGCCUUGGACAACGCUUUAGCCAAAGAUCCGACUGCAGUAAUAUUUGGUGAAGAUGUGGCCUUUGGUGGAGUCUUCAGGUGUACAGUUGGCUUGCGAGACAAAUAUGGUAAAGACAGAGUUUUCAACACCCCCUUAUGUGAACAAGGAAUUGUUGGCUUUGGUAUUGGAGUUGCUGUUGCAGGUGCUACAGCCAUUGCAGAAAUUCAGUUUGCAGAUUACAUUUUUCCAGCAUUUGAUCAGAUUGUUAACGAAGCAGCAAAAUACCGUUACCGCUCUGGAGACCUGUUUAAUUGUGGAAACCUCACCAUCAGAGCCCCCUGGGGAUGUGUGGGACAUGGUGCGCUCUAUCACUCUCAAAGUCCAGAAGCUUUCUUUGCUCACUGUCCAGGAAUAAAGGUUGUUAUUCCAAGGAGUCCUCUUCAGGCCAAAGGACUGCUGCUGUCGUGCAUAGAGGAUAAAAAUCCAUGCAUAUUCUUUGAACCUAAAAUACUUUACAGAGCUGCAGUGGAACAAGUGCCUGUGGAGCCCUACACCAUUCCUCUGUCUCAAGCUGAGGUGCUGCAGACGGGCAGUGACGUGACACUGGUGGCUUGGGGCACUCAGGUACAUGUGAUCAAAGAGGUGGCAGCAAUGGCUCAAGAAAAGCUUGGUGUGUCCUGUGAAGUGAUUGAUCUGAGGACCAUCUUACCCUGGGAUACAGAGACCAUUUGUAAGUCGGUGGCGAAGACCGGGCGGUUGCUGAUAAGCCACGAGGCUCCCCUGACAGGAGGAUUUGCAUCUGAAAUCAGUUCCACAGUUCAGGAGGAAUGCUUUUUGAAUUUGGAAGCUCCCAUUUCAAGGGUAUGUGGCUACGACACUCCUUUCCCUCACAUCUUCGAGCCUUUCUACAUCCCAGACAAAUGGAAAUGCUACGAUGCUCUUCGAAAAAUGAUUAACUACUGAGCAGAGAUGAGAAGAGCGACGGGGAACUGCGGAAACCGCCUUCCAAACUCUUGACACUUUCCGGGGAUCCUUUGGGUUUGGGAUUCACGGAGCGGACUGUUGGCUCUGAACUCAGUUACCCUUAAAUAUUCUUCUUGGCUAUUCUCCAGCGAGUUCAAAUCUUCCUUAAUUAGGAAAUCAGCGAUGGGCAGGUGAUUGCUAAUAGCCAGUAGUUUCAGAUGUAUUUAAAGAUAUUGCAGAUGCGGUAUGAAUGUUACCAACGGCCACGCUUCGCUAGGUUACACCUCUGAACUUCACCCUGUAAAUAUUAGCAGUGGGAUUUUAUUCAAUAAAACUUAUUAUGCA